AUGAGUUCCGUGACUGCAUCGAAUGAUGAUCAGUUAUUUGUUGGACCAGAUGGUACAUCAUAUAUUUUCUACUUAUGUCCACCACUUAAUACAAAUGAUUUGUUGAUCAAGAUGAUAGAGGAACAUGGUGGUGGUGUCACUUAUGACUUGGAACAUACAUGUAUUGUGAUAUCUGUUCCAGGAAAUGUUCCGGAUGAAUUGCGUUCCGCUCACAUUUACUCGUAUAAAGUUAUAGAGGAUUCAGUGAGGGAGGGAAUACAACAAGAAUUUGGAAGAUAUCUGAUUCAUAACCCUGAGGUGGAAGAUAUAGUACAAGGCGAAGUUGAUGAAAACGGAAAUACAGUAAUUGGUACACCUGACGAAGGUGAUAUGAGAUCCGGAUCUCACUUGGAGGUUGAUAAUGGAUUUAAUACAGAAACAAACGACUUACAAGUUUUACCUUCUACAAUUUCAGCAUCCUUAGCCACUGCAGUUUUUCCGCGUCGUCAUGGUAUAAAGUAUUUUACACCCGAAGAAGAUGCAUUUCUUUUAGAAGAAAUUAGAAAGAGACCAUGGUUAGGAUUUCGUGGACAUCAAAUAUACAAAGAAAUAGCAGCGAUGGACUUUUUUAGAAAACGUGGACGAUCUUAUUCUUCAUUACGCGAAAGGAUCAGGACUCUGAAAUAUCACGUGGGAUAUGUUUAUAAGGCUACAAAGGAUCACAAACUCCUUGUUGAUGAGAAUGGCAAUUACGUUCGUACCUACCUAAUAAAAGGUAGAACAACUUCGUUUACGGCGGCUGAUGAUUUUGCAUUGACCAAGGUGAUAUAUCAAAAAUUGAAUCCCUCGGAGAAGCCAAAUGGGUUUGAAACGGUUCUAUUUCCUACUAAUUUCUUUGACAAGUUUUGCCAUAUAUUUGUUCAGCACACCUCCGAGUCCUGGCGUCAAAGAUUUAAAAAUUAUCUUGUUAUCUUUGGAAUUAAGAAUUAUUUGAAGUAUUAUAUUGUUCAAAAGAAACAGGGUUUAGAUCCCCAACCUAGCAAUUUGGCUAAUAAAGAAUGGAUGAGAGCUAGAAGAGAACUAAGAAAGGCUGAUAAUGCAUUAAGGUUGUAUUUCCCAAACAUUCCUAUGGGAAAUAAAUUCAUAGACGAUAAUAUUGACAUGAUCGAAGUUCCCGAGCUUGAAGGAAAAAAUCUUGAGGUUUUCACUCCAGUAAUUAUCAGCUCAAACUCAAAUGAUUCUGAUGAGGAGCCACUAAAGGAAGAACCAAAAACAAAACCGGAACAAAUCAUUGCUUUUGUUGAUGUACCUACCACUUCUUUUAGAGAGAAAACAUUUGUGCGUUCAUAUAAGAAGUAUGGGGAGCCAAUGGAUCUCAAAUCAAUUGUCGCCUCGAAACCGGCAUUUUACGCAAAGUUAGAUAGUGUAUUUUCACAGGGUUCGUUGUCACCUAAGCAAUUGAGUUUUGAACUUCGAAAAAUUGGCAUCAAAGAGUAUUACACCGUCUUUUUAAUGCAUCGGUGUAACUCGAACAGGCAAUUAGUAAAGAAAUCAAUAUGCCACUUCAUAGAAACAAACGGUCACGAACUAUUGUGCAUUGGGCCUGGAGCAUGGUCUAAUAAGGCGCUGAGCUGGCUUGAUAAGCAAAAUGAGCAUCUCAACACUUUGCUCAAAAAAUACCAUGGAGAAGAAAACUUUGAGAGUGAGCUACGGUCUUUGAGAAGGACUAAGUCAAUCAGCUGGUGA